AUGUCCCGAGACAGCGAGCAGACAUUGAUUGAUCUUUGGAGCAGUGAAGAUUACGCCAAAACAGCACCGCCAUAUCGCGUUGUCUAUGCUCUAUUCAGCAUCGCAGUGAAGAAGUGGAGAUUCUUUCUCGCAGACUUUGCAGCCGAAGUCGCGCAGCAUGAAGUAGAAAUCGAAGGUAUGUCGCCUGAUGACACUGGGCCACUGCCGCUCGCCAAUCCGAUGAAACGAAAGGCGCUGUUGUCGCUAGAGACCAAACUUCUCUCAUCUCGCCUUGCAAUUCAAGCCACGCGGAGCGAUCUCAGUUACUAUAGGGAUACCUGCUACAAGAGCAGAGAAUUCUUCGGUGAAGGCAUGCUGGAGGACCAUGAACGCCUGGCUGUCGCCUUCGAAAACUUGAUCAGAGAUUUGGAUAUCGACUUGCUGCGUACAGAACAUGUCCAAGCAAAACUUCGAGCGAUCACCAGUAUUGUUGCUAGCUUCCUUGAGCUGCACAAUGGCUACAUUUUACAGCGUCUCGGUGAAGAAUCGAGACGUGAAAAUCAGACGAUGCGGUUGCUCAAUCAGGACAUGCGCGACAUGGCAAAGACCAAUGCACAAGACUCGGCCAAAAUCACGGUGCUGACUAUCUUGACUUUGGUAUAUUUACCCCUGACAGUGGUGUCGAACUUUUUCUCAACUUCAUUUGUUGGCAUAUCACCUUCUUCCGACUCAAUCUACGUCACAGAUGAUUGGUGGCUCUUGCUGGUCACGACUCUGCCGUUGACUGUGGUAACAUUGUACGUGUGGAAGGUGUGGUCUGACUUCAAGGCGGACAAACUGUAUCCACCCUGGUGGCCGAAGAGGUUUCGCAAAACCGAGGCAGUGCCUCGACACCCACUGAUGACCGUUCAUGCUCCGCAUGCUGUUCGAACAGACACUUUUGGCAGCGCAGAUUAUACCACCUUACCAUAG